AUGGCAGGGGCACAGCCUGGAGUUCACGCGUUGCAGCUCAAGCCCGUGUCCGUGCCCGAGAGCCUGAGGAGGGGCAACAAAUUCAUGAAAUGGGACGAUGAUUCAACAACAGUGACCCCAGUGACUUUAACAGUCGACCCCAAAGGUUACUUCCUGUACUGGACUGACCAGAACAAGGAAACAGAUCUGCUGGAUAUUGCUCACAUCAAGGAUGCCAGAAAUGGAAAAUGCACCAAAACACCAAAGGAUGCCAAGCUGCGGGAACUUCUUGAUGUGAGCACCCUGGUGGGGAAGAUGGAGAACAGGAUGUUGACGGUGGUGAGUGGCCCAGACAUGGUCAACAUCACCUACCUCAACUUUAUGGCCUUCCAGGAGGAGAUAGCAAAGGAGUGGGCGGAAGAGCUCUUCAGCCUGGCAUCUAACCUCUUGGCGCAGAACAUGUCCAGAGAGGCUUAUUUGGAGAAAGCAUACACUCGCAUGAAGCUGCAGCUCAACCCUGAGGGACGAAUCCCUGUCAAGAAUAUCUUCAGGAUGUUCUCUGCAGACAGGAAACGAGUGGAGACAGCCCUGGAAAAUUGUAACCUCCCAUCUGGCAGGAAUGACUCCGUUCCCCAAGAGGACUUCCCCCCAGACAUCUACAACAUUUUCCUCAGCAACCUCUGUCCCCGGCCUGAGCUGGACCACAUCUUCUCUGAAGUGGGUGCUAAGAGUCGUCCGUACCUGACUGUGGAACAGAUGACGGAGUUCAUCAACAGCAAACAGCGGGACCCUCGCCUGAAUGAGAUCCUUUACCCUCCUCUCAAAUCAGAGCAGGUCCAGGUGCUCGUCGACAAAUAUGAACCCAAUACCUCGCUGGCGCAGAAAGGCCAGAUAUCCGUAGAGGGCUUUGCCAGGUAUCUGAGUGGGGAGGAGAACAGCAUCAUACCCCCCGAGAAGCUGGACCAGAGUGAGGACAUGACCCUGCCCCUCUCCCACUAUUUCAUCAACUCCUCACACAAUACGUAUCUCACAGCUGGCCAGCUUGCGGGGAACUCUUCUGUGGAGAUGUACAAGCAGGUCCUCCUGUCUGGCUGCCGGUGCAUUGAGCUAGACUGCUGGAAGGGACGCACCACCGAAGAAGAGCCCGUCAUCACCCAUGGCUUCACCAUGACAACUGAAAUCUCCUUCAAGGAGGUGAUUGAGGCUAUUGCAGAAUGUGCCUUCAAGACCUCCCCAUUCCCCAUCAUCCUGUCCUUUGAGAACCACGUGGACUCCCCAAAGCAGCAAGCUAAGAUGGCAGAGUACUGCCGGUCAAUAUUUGGAGACGCAUUACUGACAGACCCUCUGGAGAAAUAUCCUUUAGAGGCUUGUGUACCACUACCCAGCCCCAUGGAACUGAUGGGGAAGAUUCUUGUGAAGAACAAGAAGAAACACCACAAAGCCGAUGGAAGUGCCAAGAAAAAGCUGUCGGAGCAGGUCUCGAACACCUACAGCGACUCCUCCAGUGUGUGUGAACCCUCCUCCCCUAGCACAGGUUCAAACAAAGAGGAAAUGGCAGAUUCCUCCCAGCCUCCAGAAGGGGCCGAGCUCAGCCUUAGGCCACAUGGCAGGAAAUCCAUUGGUGAGGUGGAGGCAGAAAGUGAGGAUGAAGAUGACGAUGAUGACGACUGUAAAAAGGGCUCCAUGGAUGAGGGUACGGCAGGCAGUGAAGCGUUUGCCACGGAGGAGAUGUCCAACCUGGUCAGCUACAUCCAGCCAGUCAAGUUCAACAGCUUCGAAGCUUCCAAAAAGGUCAAUCGCAGCUACCAGAUGUCAUCCUUCGUGGAGACUAAAGCUUUGGAGCAGCUGACCAAAUCCCCAGUGGAGUUUGUGGAGUACAACAUGCUGCAGCUGAGCAGGAUCUACCCUAAAGGCACCAGGGUGGACUCCUCCAACUACAACCCUCAGCUCUUCUGGAAUGCUGGCUGUCAGCUGGUGGCUCUCAACUUCCAGACAAUAGAUCUGUCCAUGCAGCUAAAUCUAGGCAUGUACGAGUACAAUGGGAAGUGCGGCUACAGGCUGAAGCCAGAGUUCAUGAGACGGCCGGACAAACACUUUGACCCUUUCACUGAGAGCACUGUGGAUGGGAUAGUAGCUAACACACUGUCUGUGAAGAUCAUCUCAGGCCAGUUACUGACAGAUAAGAAGGUGGGGACCUAUGUGGAGAUUGACAUGAUCGGCCUGCCAGUGGACACCAGGAGGAAAGCUUUCAAGACCAAGACGUCCCAGGGUAACGCUAUCAACCCUGUCUGGGAAGAGGAAGCCAUUGUCUUUAAGAAGGUUGUUCUGCCCUCCCUGGCGUCAUUAAGGAUAGCAGUAUUUGAAGAAGGUGGGAAGUUCAUUGGCCAUCGCAUCAUUCCUGUAUCCGCCAUUCGUCCAGGUUAUCGCUACAUUGGUCUCAGGAAUGAAAAGAAUCAGUCACUAACUUUGCCCGCUCUGUUGGUGUACGUGGAAGUAAAAGACUAUGUCCCUGACACAUUCGCAGAUGUAAUUGAGGCCUUGUCCAAUCCAAUCCGCUACGUCAACCUGAUGGAGCAGAGAGCCAAUCAGCUCGCUGCUCUCACCCUCGAGGAAGGAGCAGAGGAAGAGGUUGACAAAGAGGUAGAAGCAGGUGGUGACGCCCCCUCCGAGCCCAAGGUGGACCAGCGGGUCGCAUUACCUGCAGAGAACGGACUGAGUCAAACACCCAUCAUCACUCCCAAACCCCCAUCUCUGGGUGGCCACCAGCCCCAGUCUGCAGGUUCAGUGAAACCAUCAGCAAAGACUGAAGACAUCAUUCAGAGUGUUCUCACUGAGUUGGACGCUCAAACGUUGGAGGAGCUGAAGCAGCAGAAGGGCUUUGUUCGAGAGCAGAGGAAACAGUACAAAGAGAUGAAGGAGCUGGUUAGGAAGCACCACCGCAAAACCAGCGAGCUGAUCAAGGAGCACACAGCCCGUGCGUCCGAACUACAGAGCCAGCACCAACGCCGGCGCUCCACCCUGCAGAAGAGCCACAAACGAGACGGUAAGAAAAGCCGGUCAGAGCACUCUCUGUCAACGCUGGACCAGGAGCUGUGUGAGUUGGAUGAGGAGUGCAGCCAGCGUCUGGCCCAGCUGAAGGAGCAGCAGCAGCAGCAACUGCUCACACUGCGCCAGGAGCAAUACUACAGCGAGAAAUACCAGAAAAGGGAACACAUCAAACAGUUGGUUGAGAAGCUGACCACUAUAGCAGAGGAGUGCCAGAGUGCUCAGCUUAAGAAACUCAGAGACAUCUGUGAGAAAGAGAAGAAAGAUCUUAAGAAGAAAAUGGACAAGAAAAGGCAGGAAAAGAUCAAUGAGGUCAAGUUGAAGGACAAGAACGUGACGGAAGAGGAAAAACUGGAGAUCAACAGAUCAUUCGUCAAUGAGGUGGUGCAGCAUAUUAAACGGCUGGAGGAUGCCCAGAGUAAAAGGCAGGAGAGACUCCUGGAGAAACACAAGGAUAUCCGCCAGCAGAUCUUGGAUGAGAAACCAAAGCUGCAGGGCGACCUGGACCAGGAGUACCAGGACAAGUUCCGCCGGCUCCCUGUAGAGAUCCAGGAGUUUGUGCAGGACAGCAGCAAGGCCAAGCUUAGCGACGACGGCCUGCACGGCAACCUCUCCGUCUCCUCCACGGCCGAGAAGCUCAACCACAAGGCGUCGCAGUCGGAGGAUGACAUGGAGGACGGCUCGUCCGAGCGCGUCUAUGACACGCCCCUUUAG